AUGAUUCUUGGAGACUAUGUCCUUGCGGUCCUCGAAACAACAGGAAACGCCUUUGUCGUUGGAUGCUCGACGGCAUUUGCCAGCGGCAUGCUUAGGAGGAGAGACGAGCGUCCCUACUCCAGGCAGCCGCUGAGGAGUGGAGGGGAGUUAGCAAAGCAUGCCAUGCUUUACUCGACGCUGUACUACGGGCUGGGUGCUGCAAGGGCCUCUGGAUGGGUCAGGCUGCUGGGAUCGUCGUUCAUUGCGUCUUUCAUAUGUGGCGUACGGAAUGGAAGAGGCUUUGGGAUCAGGAGUGGAGUCGGUGGAAUGGCAAGCUCCGUUGCGCAGGAAAUCGUUAACAAAAUAAGGGGAGAUUAG